AUGAAGGUUGUCCCUUUAGAUGACAGUUUUGAAUCCUCCCCUCGGCUCACCUCACGUCUUCUCGGAACUUCUAUAGUCUCUUCGCUCGCCGGUGGAUUCCAUUUCGGUUAUUUGAUCUCUGCUGUCAAUCCACUAUCCGAUAUACUUGAGCAGUUUAUAGUAGACAAAAUUCGAAUACGUUAUUCCUUCAUUCUCUCAUCUUCUCAACUUUCCAUUUUAUGGUCUUCAUUGGCAGGAUGUCUUUUCAUUGGAGCCAUGGUUGGAUCUUAUCUUUCGGUCCACCUCCUUUCCAGAAUCGGACCAAGGAAAACUCUUCUCACAGCUGCAACUAUUUUACUAUUUUCUACACCGGUAUUUGGUUUUGCCUAUUCUCUGAACCUCGUAGAACUCUUACCGAUUUCAAGAAUACUGUCAGGAAUCGGAUUGGCAAUUGGGAUAUCGGCCCAAGGGGUUUUUAUCACAGAAAUUAGUCCAGCCAAAUACCGCGGUAUGACGAAUUCUUUGAGUGGUCUCAUUGGAAAUAUUGCGUUCGUGCUAGCCGCCUCACUUGGAACUCCCUAUUUGUUAGGUACCGUAUCCUUAUGGAAAUAUAUGUUCUUUAUUGAAACAAUCCCCUGCAUUGCUCAUGUCAUCUUGAAUAUUUCGAUGUUCCACGACAGUCCCAAAUAUCUGUUAUCGAUUGGAAAAAGUAUCGAAGCUGAACGAUCGCUAUAUACGUAUUAUGGAAAAUCGUGUCAAGUGAAGAUGGUUCUGGAAGAUCUGAGAAGUGAAACUGCAACGGAAAACAAGACUCUUCGAGAAGUUCUCAAAGAUAAAGCUGCUUCUCGUGCAUUAUCCCUUUCUGUCGCUAUUAACUUCUCUGUGGCUUUUAGUGGCAUUGCGGCAAUAUCAUUUUUCGGAACAUUUCUACUCCAAAAUGUUGGUUUCUCUCCGGAAGGAUCUGCCGUGGCAAACAGUUUAUGUAGCUCCUCCUCUAUUCUUUCAGCCCUUCUAGCCGCUAUUGCAAUUGAUAAAAUUGGCCGUCGCCCUCUUUUGAUUUCAUCUCUUCUAAUUCUGGCUCUCAUCAAUAUUCUUAUGAUGUCACUAGUCUUUCUGUAUGAUUCUACCAAGGAUCCAUUGCUGGCGUGGCCAUUCUUAGGACUUUUUGUGCUUUUCACUUUUGUAUUCAGCAUUGGAAUCGGUCCAGCCGCAGUUUUUAUUGGAGCAGAAUUGGCAACACCCGGGACGAUUUCAAAAAUGCAAAGUUACAGUACUUCUGUUCAAUUUAUUGGAUCGUUUAUUUCUCCAGUGAUUUAUUUGUCACUGGUUGAAACAGUUGGAGGACUUGCAUUCUUACUUUUCAUAGUUCCUCUGGCAGUUACGGCUACCUACAUUUUCAUGUAUCUCCCUGAAACAAAAGGAAAAACCCCGGUGGAAAUCCAUGAUCUUCUACGCAAAUGA